CUCCUCUUACGCGCAUGCGCAGGGGGCAUUUCGUCAUGGCUGACACGGGCUGGCCAGGCUGUGCAAAGAGUUUGAAAGGUGUGAUUCUGGACAUGUGUGGAGUUCUGUAUGACAGCGGGGAGGGCGACGGGGUGGCGAUACCUGGAUCUAUCGAAGCUGUGAGGAAGCUCAAGGAAUCUGACCUGCAGCUGCGAUUCUGCACCAACGAGACUCAGGCCACCAGGGAGAGGUUUGUAGCCAAACUGCAAAGACUGGGCUUUGAUAUCUCUGCAUCUGAAGUCUUCCCACCUGCUCCUGCAACCAUAGCAGUCCUCAAGGAGAGAAGUCUACGGCCUCACCUACUGGUGCAUGAUGGACUUCUCCCCGAGUUUGACGGUGUUGACAAAACCAACCCAAACUGUGUGAUCAUUGGAGAUGCAGCCGAACAUUUUUCCUACCAGAACUUGAACGAGGCGUUCAGGGUCCUCAUUGGCCUGGAGAAGCCAGUGCUGUUCUCUUUGGGCCAAGGGAAGUACUACAAGGAGACAGAUGGUUUGAAGCUAGAUGUUGGGGUUUACAUGAAGGCUCUGGAGUAUGCCUGUGAUUUGAAGGCUGAAGUAAUCGGAAAGCCAUCGCCAACGUUCUUUCAGAGUGUUCUCAGUGACAUGGGCCUCCAAUCACAUGAGGCUCUCAUGAUCGGGGAUGAUCUCUUAAAUGACGUCGGUGGGGCCCAACAUUGUGGAAUGAAGGGUGUACAAGUCAGGACUGGCAAAUACAGGCCCAGCGACGAGAGGCACCCAACGGUGAAGGCCGACGGCACUGUGGACAACCUGGCCCAGGCUGUGGAGCUGAUCCUCAAUCAGAGGAGGCACUGAAUGUAUAGGAAACUCUCCACUUACUGUGGAGAGUGUACCCACAGUGGUACAAGCAGGUGCCCAGUCGUGUUAACAUAUAGGCUAUAAAAGCGUUUUUUUUAAAUAGGAAGGGUGUGCUGCAUUGAGGUAAUUCAUGUAUGUCAAAACAGUACAAAAUGGAACAAAAACCUGUAUAAACUCUCACAACUCACUGCACUGUCAAACAUAGGAAAGCCAUCUGGCACGCCACAUAGUGUCAAACAAACUAGAAGGAAAUGUGCAGAGCUAUUACACGGGUCUGCAAGAGAUAGCUUUGAAUGCUUUAGAGCUGCACAGUGCAUUUGUCAGUACAUGAUUGGCAUAGAUAAGAUACCUCAAGUUGACAUGAAUGUGCCUGUAACCAGCUGCUGACUGACUGUUAGAAGAGGGAAAGUAAAGCCGAGUGUUCCUUGCUAGUGUUACUCAGAUUCUUUGUCAAGCUACUGUACACGGAGACCGUUUGUUGGCAAACUGGAAAUGCACAGUGGUUGCACAAAUGUAGCUGUGCAGCAUUUUAGGGUGUUAUGUGUAGGAAAAAGCAAAAAAAAAAAAACAACUUUUUUUUUACUGCAGUCUGUAGCAGUCACUAAUGUUGUUUUAAAUAAAACUAAUUUACUCAUGUG